UCGAUGUUUUCUAAACAUCGGCUGGCCAACAUCGAUGUUUCUCCACCUCUACCGCACCGGCUCGUUUUUAUGAAUUAUUGAAAUAUAUUAUAUAAGGAUGAUGCGGAGUGUUAUUAAUCAGUUAUUGGGUCUGAGGCUUAGUGGAAAUUGUGGGGUUACGAUUACCCAGGUGCGUGAUAAGGGCCACUUGAGCAGACCCCGACUUCGGAAUCCCCAAUGGUUUCUGCGCAAGGAAAUCACAAAAUACGAUGAUUUGAUGACAUCAGAAAACAAGCAGUUUGUCAACGAACUGGGAAGUGAUAACUUUGGUGUUCCUGCAGUCAAGAAGGAGAACUUGAUCAACACCAAGGAGGCAUCUGCGAAUGAGGCGGUGUGGAACCCAGGUUUAAGAAGGUGCGGCGUUAUAGCGCGGAAGAUUGGACAAUAUCCCCUGUGGCUUAAGAAUGGCGAACGGAUUCGCACCACGCUGUUGCAGAUUGCGGACAACCAUGUCAUCAAGUACAUUCCUCCGGAAGAGUAUGUACCCGCCCAAACUCCCAAUGUCAAGAAUCUGCACAAGCGCGGCUGUAUUCUCGUUGGCUCCGAGAGCACAAACCCAGCCCUUCUGACCAAAGAAUACUCUGGAUUGUUUCGGGAUUCGGGUGUUGUGCCCAAGAAGAACCUGGCACGAUUCAUCGUUUCUCCAGAGGCUCAACUUGAGCCAGGCACUCCCCUAAAUGUAAACCACUUCGGCAUCGGUGACUUUGUCGAUGUUCGCGGCAAAACAGUUGACCAUGGUUUCCAAGGUGUGGUUAAGCGUCACGGAUUCAAGGGCAUGCCAGCAUCUCACGGUGUCACGAAGACGCAUCGACGUGCUGGUAAUAUUGGCGGAGGAGGCGAAAAGGGCCGCGUCUGGCCUGGUACCAAGAUGCCCGGUCAUAUGGGAAAUCGGUGGCGCAUCAUUAAGGGCCUUCGUGUGUGGCGAAUAAACACGAAAUACAAUGUUAUGUGGGUGCAAGGCAGCUCAGUGCCCGGCCCCACUGGCGGCCUGGUCUAUAUAUACGAUACAAUCUUACCGCUGCGCAGAAAUAAGGAAGCCCCGCCGUUCCCUACGUUUUAUGGAGAGACACAGCAAGGGGCUGAUGAUAUAUGGUAUGAAAAGGUGCACAGCUUCAAAAACGAGUCUAUAACAUAUGAAAACGAAUAACGUUAGAACUUAAGGUAUUAUAGAAAUCUAAUUUGUUGUUUUGAAAA